AUGGCUUCCCCUCUAACUACGAUUUACAUGACGCAGGAGCAGGACAAAGAACUGCGAGCAAAGAUUCAAACAAGACAGCAGCGAUGGGACGAAGCUCAAGAUCGCCAACGUGAGCAUAGAGACCCGAAAAGCCUCGUCUCGCAGGCGAUUGCCGCUGCUCUGUUGUCAGACAUGGCUGAGGCCACCUGUGGCCAAGAAAAUAACACCGACAGAAUGCCUGCCCUGGAAGUCGGCCGCACGUACAUGCCUUCGACCUCACAACUACAAGAUCUAAAAUCGAUGCGACUCUCCGAGCUCCUGUUAAACACCCAUCAUCGAGGCCGAUCGCUCAAUCUGAAACGAAUCGGGCCUGUAGUGCUUCAGAAAGCAUCGUCUUGGACUGUCGUUGAAGAUGCCGAAGAGAAAGGAGAUGCGGAACGCUUAGAAAUUGUGUUACACGAUGAGUCUAGAGGUGAAAGGAUACUGGAAUCUUGCACAAAUAUGAUUAUCAAAGAGCCGUUCUUCACGCUGAGUGACGGCGGCGAGCCGACGUUACGUAUUGACCAUCCUUCUGAUCUUCUCACUCGGUCAUCAGGCGUCGACGGGAACGAUGAGCUUGGGUUUACACAUGCCGCAAAGUACAAGACAAAAGGCAACCUUGCGCUCCGACAGGGCGACCUCUCGGCGGCUCAUUCAUGCUACACCCAAGGUCUCGACAUCGCACUCAAGGAUCGUCCCGUAGAAGACGACGAGACCCACGAACUCGCAAGCGAUAUCUAUCGGAAUAGAUCACACGUCAAUCUCCUUCUUUACCGUUUUGACGAAGCCCUCACGGAUGCACUGUCAUCUGUGAACCACAGAACUGACGACAGAUCCAAAAGCCUCGAUGCCAAAGCUUACUUCCGGGCUGGAUGCGCUGCCUAUCGACUCGAAGAUUGGCACAAGGCGAAAGAGUACUUCAGCAACCAACAGGAGUUGACGCCAGAGGACCGAGAUGCCAAACUCUACCUACGCAAGACGGAAGCUCGCCUUCGUGAACAGAAUGGACUUGGGUACAACUUUCAGAAGUUGAAGGCGAGUUUGUCGCGGAGUCAGCCAAGGGUUGACGCCGCCACAUAUACGGGCAACACAGCAAUCUCCCAAACUCCCAUCCACGGUCAAGGCCUGUCCGCUACGAACGACAUCGCAAGCGGCGACAUCGUCCUCUGCGAGAAAGCAUUCUGCACCGUCUGGAGCCACGAAGCCACCGCCUGGACAACAAUGACCCUCGACAUCCGCGACAACCGCAUCCGAGCAUUCCCAGCCGGUCUCGCCAAAUCCCUAGUCCAAAAACUCCUUAACAACCCCUCCCAGAUAGGAAAAAUCCAAUCCCUCUUCAGCGACCACAAAGGCCUCAAACACCUAAUAAUGAGCGAUGGCAAACCCAUCAUCGACACCUUCCAACUCCACGACAUCAUGUGCCGGAACGCCUUUAGUCCCGGGCCUCAGUUCGGUGAGGAAGACGUGCGGCGCGCGAGUGCUGGACUGUGGAUCCGGGCAUCAUAUAUGAAUCAUUCGUGCGUACCGAACACGACGCGGGAGUUCGUGGGCGAUCUCAUGGUCGUUCGUGCAAGCAGGGAUAUCAAAGCUGGGGAUGAGAUUACGCACAUAUACGACGACUCCAGUGACGUGGACGUGCGAGCGGAGUCAUUGAUGAGGACUUGGGGGUUUGUGUGCGCAUGUCCGAGAUGUCGUACUGGGAGGGAGGAUGGGGUCGAAGUACGCGCACGACGGCGAGAUUUGGAGGAGAGGGCGAACGCUUUUAUCGAAAGAGAGAAUCCAAGAGGGGCGAGCGGAUUGGUCAUUCGCAAAGCAGAGAAUCUUGUCAGGGCUAUUGAGACGACGUAUGACGUGGAGAGGUAUCGAGACCUUCCUCGACCCGCUCUGACGAGACUUAACAGCUGGCUCGCUGCUGCUCGUGCACGGAAAAAUAGGAACAGAGAGAUCUGA